CCCGCCUCCGGCCUGCAGCGCGCGUGGGGUUCCCGGCGCCCCGGAGGAAAAGAAGGGCGGCGUUCCAGAUGGCGGUCGCACUCCCAGAGGUCGUGGAGGAGCUCCUGAGCGAGAUGGCUGCCGCUAUGCGGGACAGCGCGAGAAUUCCCGACGAGCUUCUCUUAUCGCUGAAGUUUGUGUUUGGGUCAUCGGCCAUCCAAGCCUUGGACCUAGUUGAUCGAGAGUCCGUCACUUUAAUCUCAGCACCCAGUGGAAGGCGUGUUUACCAGGUGCUAGGGAGUUCUGGCAAAACGUAUACAUGUCUGGCUUCCUGUCACUACUGCUCGUGCCCAGCGUUCUCCUUCUCAGUGUUACGGAAGAGUGACAGCCUGCUGUGUAAGCAUCUUCUGGCAAUUUAUCUUAGUCAGCUUAUGAGGAACUGCCAGCAGCUCAGUGUGUCUGACAAGCAACUGACAGACCUGCUGUUGAUGGAGAGGGCACAAGAAGCGUAAAAGGUGUGGCUGGAACAUGGGCCUCCAAGACAGAAGCCUAGCAGGGAAUGUCUUCACAUCUCACGGUGCACGAGGUAGAGGAAUGGGAUGCACUUCCGGACUUGUGACUGACACUUCGCCCUCACAGGCUGCGGGAUGGGCUUCAGAUUAUAGGCUGCAGAGGGUGUGUGUGGUUAAGAGCCCUCUGUGGUCUUAAUAUUAACCAGCCUCUGAGCCCCACAGGUAGAAAUGUCCCUGGGUAGAAUUAAGUAUUUUUCACUCAAAUAAAGCCUAAGCCACAUUGUAUCUGCAAUCA